AUGUGCAAAUUAUGUAUGCAGCAUGCUGCAUGUCUAGAAAAUAGAAAAUGCAUGCGAAAAACUAGCUGCAUUUUUAACGAAACUCUACAUGCUCAAAUAGAGGAACCGACCCUUAUUAUUUUGAUAAUAAAUAAGAGUUGUAGCGAAAUUAUAAAUUUAAUUGUUUCAAGAAUGCCUCAACAGCUGGAUGUGAUACAAAAGCUUUCAGCACAUCGAGGAAAGGUCUGGUCUGUGAACUGGCAUCCUUCAGGAAAAGUCUUUGCAAGCUGUGGCGAGGAUAAGACAAUAAGAAUCUACAAUCAGGAAAAGGAUGCUUGGGUAAUGCAAGCUGUUUUAUCUGAUGGACAUACCAGAACAAUAAGAGAUAUUGCAUUUUCAAAUUGUGGAAUGUUCUUAGCAAGUGCGAGUUUUGAUGCUACUGUAUCUAUAUGGGAUAAAAAGGCAGGAACAUAUGAAUGUAAUUCGACUUUAGAAGGACAUGAGAAUGAGGUGAAGAGUGUUGCAUGGUCAGUAUCUGGACAAUUCUUAGCUACAUGCAGUCGUGACAAAUCAGUUUGGAUUUGGGACAUAACAGCAAAUUGUGAGGAGUUUGAUUGUGCCGCUGUACUCAAUUUACAUACACAAGAUGUAAAGAAAGUUGUUUGGCAUCCACUUGAAGACAUUCUGGCAUCAUCAAGUUAUGAUAAUACGAUAAAGAUUUAUAAAGAAGAUCCAAGCGACAAUGAUUGGACAUGUACAGCUACUUUAACUUCACAUUCGUCGACAGUUUGGGGCAUAACUUUUGACAAGACAGGGAAGAGAAUUGCAAGUUGCAGCGAUGAUUGUACAGUAAAAAUUUGGCAGCAAUAUGAAGUCGGGAAUGCUGAAGGAAUUUCAACACCUGAUAAUGAGCCAGUUUGGAAGUGCGUUUGUACACUUUCUGGAUUUCAUGAUCGAAGCAUUUACGAUAUUUCAUGGUGUAAACUUACUGGAUUAAUUGCAACAGCUUGCGGAGAUGAUCAUAUAAGAAUCUUUAAGGAAGCUGACAAUUCCACUAAGAAUGAGCCAAUUUUCGAUUUGGAAACAAAGAUUUUAGCACAUAAACAAGAUGUUAAUGCUGUAAAAUGGAAUCCAGUGAUUCCUGGUUUAUUACUUUCAACUAGUGACGAUGGUGAUAUAAAGAUUUGGAAGUUUAAUAAUCUGUAA